GUGUGUGUGAAUGUAAGGGGGUCGACAAGAGGACUUGGACAAAAACAAGGCAAUCAUUCUCAAAGUGCCUGGUUUAGGUUGCAUUCGGGGAUGAAAAUAAUACUGAUCAUUUCUUAUCUGCUUUGUCCUGUAGCUUUGAAAGCACAGGAAACACAAGGGAGGAGCAUUGACCCUGUGGUCUCACUGACAAAUGGCCAAAUCAGAGGAGAAAUUGUUUCUGUGAAAGGGACAGAAGUCAAAGUGAGGCAGUUCCUGGGAAUACCUUUUGCCCAACCGCCAGUGGGGCAUCUCCGACUGGCUGCUCCCAAAGAUGCAGAGCAAUGGGAGGGGGUCAGAGAUGGCACACGCCAGCCUCCUAUGUGUAUUCAGGACUCCGAUAUAAUUGUGAAUGUUUCCAGAAUGAUGUCAGUAGAAUACACUCCUCCAGAACUUUCAGAGGACUGUCUGUAUCUGAAUGUAUACACUCAAGCUGAGGCAAAAAGAGGUGACAAACUGCCGGUUAUGGUGUGGAUCCAUGGAGGAGGUCUGGUAGUGGGCGCCAUCUCUCAGUUUGAUGGCGCGCCAUUGGCUGCAUAUGAAAAUAUUGUAGUGGUUAUCAUUCAGUAUCGCCUUGGCAUUCUGGGAUUCCUGGGCACUGGCGAUGAACAUCUUCAGGGAAACUGGGGUUUCUUGGAUCAGCUGGCUGCUCUGAGAUGGGUGCAGGAAAAUAUUGAGGCCUUUGGUGGUGAUCCUCAAGCUGUUACCAUCGCUGGCGAAUCUGCAGGUGGCAUCAGUGCAUCUAUACUGACGUUGUCUCCGCAAGCUAAAGGAUUGUUCCAAAAGGCAAUUUUUCAAAGUGGAGUCGCAACAGUUGGAACCUACAUAAGCAGCCAUUCAUUGGCUCUUGUCAAGAUUGUAGCCAACCUGACUGGUUGUGAUGACAGCACAUCGCAGGAACUGGUUCAAUGCUUGAGAAGAAAGAGCAAAGAAGAUUUAGUUGCUGCAACUAAAAAGAUGAAAAUUUACCUGGGAGGCGUGGUAGAUGGCGUCUUUCUGACUGAUACCGCAGAGGAACUUCUAAAGAGAAAAGAAGUAAUGCCAGUUCCGGUUUUGAUGGGAAUAACCAACCAUGAGUUUGGGUGGAUUCUGCCUCAGAGUUUUGCUCUUCCUGGCUGGGAGAAAGGAAUGAACAGAGGGUCUGUGCUGGCAAUGCUGAACAUGUUCAACCCUGAAGGGGCAUCUUUAGCCAACGAUCUUAUUGUGGAUGAAUACCUGAAAACUGCCCAAACUCCACAUGCCAUCAGAGACGGAUUCACUGAACUCAUGGGAGACCUCCUGAUGACGCUACCUGUUGUCAAAGUGGCAGACUACCUCACAGAUGCGGGCAAUCCAGUUUACAUGUAUGAAUUUGGAUAUCGUGCUGCCGUGCACAAAGGCUCCAGACCCACUUUCGUGAAGGCAGAUCAUGGUGACGAUGUCGGCUUUGUGUUUGGUGGAUGUUUCUGGAGUGGAAUUGUAAAAAUGAUUGGAAAUAUUACCACAGAGGAUGAACAACAUUGUUUAACGAUAAUGAAAUACUGGGCCAAUUUUGUCCGUGCUGGUUCACCCAAUGGGCCAGGCCUGGUCGCUUGGCCUCAGUAUGACAGGCAGAAGCAGGAGUACAUGGAGCUUGAUGUGAAACAAACUGUUCGACAAAAACUGAAGAAGGAUAGAGUCCAUUUUGCAACGGUCAUUCUCCCUCAGAAAGUGGAAAUGUUAGCUGCAACAGCCAUAUCUGGAAACUGAACUCUAAAAAUGGUUGCUUUGUGUCUAUUGCUACUACUUCAAGGAUGGAGAUUGUUUUACACCUCUGCCUCAAAUGAGUGGCAUGAUCCCUUAUAACCUUUGAGUAAUGAUUACCGUACUAGGGUAUGUUCAAGUAUGUACAAAAAACAUGGCCUGGUUAUUCACCUGAUGUACAUUUCAUAAUAAUUGAUGUAAUCAGUGGAAAUCAUUCUCUGCUAAUAAAUACAACUGCUACGACACA